CCAAGAUGUUUAGGGGAAUUAACAAAGUCACCAUAACAUUUUUAUGGUUUUGUUCUUGUUGAUUCUCUGUAGUUAUGUUGGAAUGUUUAUGCAUUGCCAUCUGACAUUUCAGUCAUACCUGUAUGCUUUGUUGGAAGGAUUCCUCCCUGUUUGCAGAUGCGACUGCGCGACUGCAGAUAGAGGUGUUAAAAUUCGUCAAUCUUCCAAGUUUUUUAAUAUCGUUGGUGCUAAAAUUGGAUAAUGUAGCACCUCAUUAAAAAUGAAGAUAACACAAGAUUUAAACUGAUUUCGAGAAUCCCCAAUCACUAGUGAUUGACAUGAAAUAGAAACAUAUAUGCAUCGCCUCACACUGUCCUUCAAAUUGAAGGAACCGAACUCUAUAUCCAUGAAUCACAAAACUACCUAUACAGCAGGUGGUCAAUUCUAACACGCAUUUACGCUCCUAAAUUGCAAGGAUGAAUGAGAAGGAACAUGUUUUUAGAAAAAGGUUCACAUGCAUUAAGGUUUUUGAUUUCUUUGCAAUCAUGACUUAAUUACGACUGAGACCGCAUCAAUUGCAUUUUAUUGUUAUGCUUUGUAAAAUCUCUGUUUGCAACAUGACCAUUAUUACAACCGUUGUUAAGAGGAUUCUUCAUUUCAUUCCUAAUUGAUUGGUUUAGACUCUAGUAGUAAUCAUUGAUUAUCAUGUCACAAUCAACACUACCUUCUAUUUCUUCUUUCACAUGUGAUUGGACUUAUGAUGUCUUUCUCAGCUUUAGAGGCAUUGAUACUAGAAACAACUUCACUGGUAAUCUGUACCAUUCUCUACAUCAUCAAAGAGGUAUACAAACUUUUAUGGAUGAUGAAGAAAUUCAAAAAGGAGAAGAAAUCACACCUACUCUUCUUCAAGCCAUUAAACAAUCUAGAAUUUUCAUUGCUAUUUUCUCCCCUAACUAUGCAUCUUCAACGUUUUGUUUGACUGAACUUGUUACCAUCCUUGAGUGCUCAAUGUUACAAGGAAGGUUAUUUUUGCCGGUUUUUUACGAUGUGGAUCCAUCCCAAAUCCGAAACCUAACAGGAACUUAUGCUGAAGCUUUUGCAAAACAUGAGGUGAGGUUUGGAGAUGAGAAGGAUAGCAAGGUGCAGAAAUGGAGGGAUGCUUUGCGUCAAGCUGCAAAUGUCUCUGGAUGGCAUUUCAAACCAGGGUUUGAAUCAGAAUAUAAGUUUAUUGAAAAGAUAGUUGAAGAAGUCUCUGUAAAGAUAAACCGCAUUCCUUUGCAUGUAGCAACCAACCCAGUUGGCUUGGAGUCUCAAAUAUUAGAAGUGACAUCACUCCUUGGAUUUGACUCGAAUGAGAGAGUCAACAUGGUAGGCAUUUAUGGAAUCGGCGGAAUAGGCAAAUCAACAACUGCUCGUGCUGUGCAUAACUUGAUUGCUGAUCAGUUUGAAGGUGUGUGUUUUCUCGAUGACAUAAGAAAGAGGGAAAUUAAUCAUGAUCUUGCACAACUCCAAGAAACACUACUUGCUGAUAUAUUGGGGGAGAAGGAUAUUAAAGUAGGUGAUGUUUACAGAGGAAUGUCAAUAGUUAAAAGGAGGCUUCAAAGAAAGAAAGUCCUUUUGAUUCUUGAUAAUGUUGACAAAGUGCAGCAGUUACAGGCAUUUGUAGGAGGACAUGACUGGUUUGGCUUCGGCAGCAAGGUUAUAGUCACUACAAGGGACAAGCAUUUGCUAGCCACUCAUGGAAUUGUGAAAGUAUAUGAGGUUAAACAACUAAAAAGUGAAAAGGCUCUCGAGUUAUUUAGUUGGCAUGCAUUUAAAAAUAAAAAAAUUGAUCCAUGUUAUGUGGAUAUUGCAAAACGUUUAGUAUCUUAUUGUCAUGGUCUUCCCUUGGCUUUGGAAGUGAUAGGUUCUCACUUGUUUGGAAAAAGUUUAGGUGUAUGGAAAUCCUCAUUAGUUAAAUAUAAACGAGUCCUUCGUAAAGACAUCCACGAAAUUCUUAAAGUUAGCUAUGAUGAUUUGGAAGAAGACGAGAAGGGUAUAUUUCUAGACAUAGCGUGUUUCUUCAAUUCUUAUGAAAUAAGCUACGUCAAAGAAUUGCUAUACUUGCAUGGUUUUCAAGCGGAAGAUGGUAUACAAGUGCUAAUUGAUAAAUCUCUCAUGAAAAUUGACAUCAAUGGUUGUGUGAGAAUGCAUGACUUGAUUCAAGGCAUGGGCAGAGAAAUCGUGAGGCGGGAAUCAACGUCGGAGCCUGGAAGACGCAGUAGAUUGUGGUUUAGUGAUGACAUUGUUCGUGUUUUGGAAGAAAACAAGGGAACUGAUACAAUUGAAGUCAUAAUCGCCGAUUUGCGCAAAGGCAGAAAAGUGAAAUGGUGUGGAAAAGCCUUCGGGCAGAUGAAGAACUUGAGAAUUCUUAUCAUUAGAAACGCAGGAUUUUCCAGAGGUCCUCAAAUUCUUCCAAAUAGUUUGUCAGUGCUUGAUUGGAGUGGAUAUCAAUUAUCCUCUUUGCCAUCUGAUUUUUAUCCUAAGAAUCUUGUCAUACUUAAUCUGCCUGAAAGUUGCCUUAAAUGGUUCGAAUCACUCAAGGUGUUUGAGACGUUGAGCUUUCUGGAUUUUGAAGGCUGCAAACUCCUAACUGAAAUGCCUAGCUUAUCUAGAGUACCAAAUUUGGGGGCACUAUGUCUUGAUUACUGCACUAAUUUAAAUAAAAUCCAUGACUCGGUUGGGUUUCUUGAGAGGCUUGUGUUAUUAAGUGCUCAAGGAUGCACCCAACUAGAAAUAUUGGUUCCCUACAUCAACUUGCCAUCUUUAGAGACUUUAGAUCUUAGAGGUUGCUCGCGUCUUGAGAGCUUCCCAGAAGUAGUAGGAGUGAUGGAGAAUAUAAAAGAUGUUUAUUUAGACCAGACUGCCCUAAAACAAUUGCCUUUUACAAUUGGGAAUCUGAUUGGGCUCCGACGUUUGUUCUUGAGGGGAUGCCAAGGGAUGAUUAUGCUACCAAGCUACAUAUUGCCCAAAUUUGAGAUAAUAACAUCUUAUGGUUGUAGAGGAUUUCGAUCAUCUGAAGACGAAGAAAAAGUGAGUCCAAAAGUGUUUACAAAUGCCAUGUGUGUUUACAAUGAAAAUAGGAAGUGCUUCCUUAAUGUGUAUUCUCGUAAUAUAUUCUCCAACGAUGUGAUAGAAAUAUGUAGUCCUCAGUGGAGCCAAAGUUUGUUUGAUCCAGCAAAUUUAGAAAGGUUUCACUAUGGGAUUUCACAUAGGAUAGUAAAUGUGGAUAAGCUCAGAAGCAAUGAAUCAUCAGUGUGUUUUUGGUUCAAAAAAAAUUUUCCCAGGGUAGGUCUAUGGUGUUUUGCAGAACCUGAAAAACAUUUUGAUAACAUGGUGUUAGAUUUCAAAUUGAAUCUACUCAUCAAUGGCACUAAUAAACUCACUUCUUCAUGUAAAUACAUAUUUUAUACAUGCAAUAAGAUGGACCAAAUCCUUUGCUGUGAACUACAAUCCAAAGUGGAGGGUGCAUUUUCUGAGAAUGAGUGGAACCAGGUGGAGAUUUCAUGUGAGAUGGAACACCUAAUGCCUUGUGAUUCUAAGAUAGUCACGGCCUACCAGGACUGGACCAAUAAAAGGAUUCUACAAUGGACUCUCAUAUAUGUCUACCCGGAAAAUGAAAAGGUUGCUUUCAGGUUUUUUAACAAUUGCGAUUCUUCAUUUUCAACUGAGCAGCAUAUUCAAAAGCAGCAAAUAAUACUCAAAAUCCUACGGAAGAAGGCUGUCCACAAGACAGCUACUACAGACGACAAAAGGCUUCAAAGCACUCUGAAGAGAAUUGGAGUGAAUGGUAUCCCUGCCAAAGUACAAGCAUCUAUUGCUGCCAAUACUUGGGUUGUUAGCAGUUCUCCUCAAACAAAGAAGUUGCAGGAUAUUCUCCCCAACAUCAUUCACCAACUAGGGCCAGAUAACUUGGAAAAUCAGAAGAAGCUAGCAGAGCAAUUUCAGAAGCAGGCUCCUGAAGCAGGAGCUGAUGCAACCGCAGCACAAGAGGAUGAUGAUGAUGCUGUACCAGAUCUUGUCCCCGGGGAGACUUUUGAAACCGCUGCUGAGGAGACGAAGGCUUAAAAGUUUUUCUGUGCCAUAUUUAGUUUUGGAUGUCAUUUUUUCCCCUCUUUUUUUUUAUCUCCAAAAUUAUGUAUUUCAGGUGAUUUUUGUUGCUCCUCUUUUAGAUACUUAAAGUUGUUAAAAACUCUUAAAUCUGCACUAUGGUCUAACCAAGUGUAUCUAACUGACAGCAUCUAAGUUUGUCUCCUGAGUUUGUCUAUUGUAUGUCCAUCAUUAUUGGAGGUAGCAAUCAAUUUUGGUAUUUGUAUUCAU